AUGUCAUCGAGCGGAGUGGAACGUGCAGCCCAGAGCCCGCUGCUCUCCUCCAGUUUCUGCUUCAGCCCGUGGUCCUGUGUGUGCGUGAAGGGAUGGUCGGCCGCGGCGUGGAACGGCCUCCCCGAGCCGCUGCUGGCCUCCGGCUGCUCCGCCCCCGAGCCGUGGCUCCUCCCCGGCUGCAGCUCCGUCUUCGACAGCCUGGUCAGUAACGUGUCUCUGGUGUCGUCUCCUCCUCCGGCGAGCAGCGUGCGAGGACGAGAGCGGGCGGCCGGCAGCAGAGCUCGCAGGCCGUCCAUCCUGGAGCGCUGCAUCCUCAACGUGUCCACCAGCAGCGUGGCCGUGGGGACGGACGACUUGGACAAGAGGUCCGCCCUCGGGCGCUGCUACCCCCGCCUCCUCGACCCGGCCAACACCGAGACCAACGAGGCGGUUCUGAAGCGGCGGCAGAAACAGAUCCACUACGGCAAGAUCACCAGCGGCUACCAGAACUACCUGCAGCAGGUGCCCAAACACCAAAGGGACCCUAAGCUCCACCCCUCCACCCCGAACAUGUACAGGAAGUACAGCCGGCGCUCCUGGGACAUGCAGGUGCGUCUGUGGAGGCGGGCGCUGCACCUGUGGGACCCGCCCACCGAGGACCAGCCGGACGCCGUGGACGCAGAGGACCCGGUGGAGCAGCUUCAGAGUCAGCUGGCCAAGAUGACGUCCGGCCUGUGUGAGGACAGACGCCUGCAGCAGAGAGAGAAGGACACGCCCCCCCCGGCGUCUGAGGCCUCCUCUGUGUCUCCUCUGGAAGUGGGAGGAGCCUGGACCGUCCCCUUCUCCCCGGGGGCAGAGAUGAGCCAUCGGCCUCUCCGCUCCCCCCCCGGCCUGGGCGCCUCCCUCAGUAGCCAGCUGACCUCCAAGGACAACAUGACCGACUGGCUCCGCCUCCUGCUGGAGGCCGACCAUACCCAAGAUCUGGGUUCUGACGACCAGCAGGUUCCUGUGUUCUCCGACCAGCUGUCCUGGAACCCGUACUGA